CAGGUAUAGAGUUUUUAAUAUAUUUUAAAAAACUCUCAAGAAAUGAGUCUGGCUGCAUCGAAACGAUGACAUUCUGUACCUGUUGGAGGAACAUGGCUCAAGAAACCAAUCAGACUCAAGUGCCUAUGCUGUGUACCACUGGCUGUGGAUUUUAUGGGAACCCACGAACGAAUGGCAUGUGUUCAGUUUGCUAUAAGGAUUUUCUUCAAAGGCAAAACAAUAACGGUCGAAUCAGUCCUGUGUCUCCCAAUUUGAACAGUUUAUCUGAAGUGUAUCCUGUUCAAUGUACACAAGAUAAUCUCCCAGCAAUACCAUCAUUUUCCUCCUCCUCCUCCUCCACGUCAGGCCAAUCAAGUCCACAACCAAUAAUGGGAAGAGGGAAAAGGGGAAGAAAGCAAAGAGAGAAGAAGGGAAGAUCUAUUAAAAGAGAGGGAAGAAAGGGAAGGAAGAGAUCAGUGUCCAACCAGCUGCUGCUACUAUCCCGUGAAUCAGUAACAAAUCCCCAAACUGAUGGGGACCACACAGAAGAUAACCAAGCAAUGACUAAAAAAGAGUUGCAGGCUUCCUUAUCUGAAGAAAUUGCACAAACGUCCUCUGAUGGGCAGGACAAGUCUCCUGAAAAACCCAAGCAGAAGAAGAAUCGUUGUUUUACUUGCCGGAAAAAAGUAGGACUGACAGCCAGAACUCUGGGGCUGUUAACCUGGUCCAAUCAUUUUCUGAGAUUCACCUAGCUGACCACCUACCAAUCACAAUACACAGAACUUUGAAACUAACAUCACAGGUAGACUGGGUGGAGAAAAAGGCAUUUGGCCUGUUGGCCUUCGUACGUCAGAGCACGAAGUAUAGGAGUUGGGACUACAUGAUAUGGCUGUACAAGAUAUUGGUAAGGCCACAUUUGGAGUACUGCAUAUAAUUCUUCUGGUUACCUUUUUAUAUGGGAAGAAUGUUACUAAACUGGAAAGGAUGUAGAAAAGAUUUACAAGGAUAUUAUUGAGAUUGGAAGGCUUGAGUUGUAAGGAGAGGCUGGAUAGGCUGGGAUUUUUUUUUCCCCUGAAGCAUAGGAACCUGAGGAGUGACCUUCAGAAAUUUAUAAAAUCAUGAGAUAAGAUGAAUAGCCAAGGUCUUUUCUCUGGAACAGGGGAGUCCAAAACUAGAGGGCAUAUGUUUAAGCUGAGAGGGGAAAGCUGUAAAAGGGAUCAAAGGGACAACUUUCUCUGUGGUGUGUGUUUGAAAUGAGCUGCUGGAAGAAGUGGUAGAGACGAGUAAAGUUGUGACAUUUUAAAAUGUGUUUGUACAGUUAUAUGGGUAGGAAAGAUUUAGCAGGAUGUGGGCCAAAUGCAGGCA